AUGAGCAACUUCUUCAAGGAUUUGAGGGUUCCAGACGAGGAGCCGAGGCACAGCAAGGGAUCAGAGGGCGACGUUGCGCGUCUCAAGUUUGAGAUUGCAAAUCUCUCCUCACAGAGUAAGAAAUGGCAAGAGGAGUCGAGCGAGGCAAUGCAGCUGAAACAGAGAAUCUCAAGGCUUAAAGGCCAAGUCACGGACCUUGAAUCCAUGUGCAAAGACAAGGAAUGCCUGCAGAAUGAAAAGGAUGAGCUGGAGGAAAGGCUCAUGAGUGAAACCAAAGAAAGGUCUAUUGAAGUGGAGGGCCUAAUCGAGCAAGUCGACUGCCUGCAUCAGGAGCUGGUGUCUGUCACCACACGGAACGUUGAAUUGGAGCUGGAACUCUGUGGGAACAAAUACGCGAACCGGUCUUUGAGCAGGACCGAGGAGCAGAUAGCCAAAUCGAACCAAGAAUCCAAUCAAUCCGGGGUUGAGAAGCACGAGCUGCUGAGGAAGAUGUCUCAGCUGCAGACGUCUCUUUUGCUUAAUGAGAGGAAGCUAACAGCAACGGAGAAGAAGUUGAAGCAGAGCGAAGAAACCUCGUCUAAUCUGAUCAAAUCCUUGAACCAAAAGGUGAAGACUCAGCAGAGCAAGAUGGAGGCCUUACUCAAGGAGAAAGUAGGCUUGCAGGUGGAAUUGGCGACGCUGAAAAAGGACAAAGAGCGACUCAUGAUGGAGCUCGAGAAAGAGAAGCAAGAGGCUUUGCUCAUCAAAUCCAAGAUGGACAGAAAGAACACUGAGCUGAUCAACAAGAUUUCUGAUCAGCAGAAGACUCUGCUGGAGUUGGGGGAUGUCGUGACCAAGACACGAUCAGGGUACAUGAAAUCACACCCCAACUACCAAAUGAUGGAACACAGGAUAGAAGAGAUGGCAGAUGAUUUCAGGAGGCAGUUUGAUGAAAAGUACCGAGCCAUGACCCGUAGGAUCAGGGCUGCAGAGAAGCAGCAUGUCGAGAAUAAAGAGUGGUACCUCAAGACGAACGAGGAGUUCAAGCAAGAAAACAAGGCUCAACAAGGGAACAUUGAAACAGGACUAAAAAACGUGAAGGACGUUGCACUCACAGCAAGUGAUGUGCUCGUUGCACUGAACACGGUAGCGGUCAAGUUUGAGGAAUGCAACGACAACUUGCUGACGAGGAUUUCUAAGACGUCGUGUGAGGUGAACUACGCCAAGGAAUGGGUGAGGAGGAAGAACAACGCGCUGGUGCAGGUGAAGCAUGACCUAGACGACUUGCUGUUCCAGCUGGACGACAAGGAGGGGGAGAUAUCGGUGUUCAGGGACCGGGUUUGGAAGCUGGAAAACAAGAUGAGGCAAUUGGAGAAAUGGAUCAGAGAGAAAGAUGAGGGGAUGAUAGUGCUUAGAGAGGAGAAGAGAGAGGCAAUAAGGCAACUGUGUGUUUGGAUUGAUUAUCACCGUUGUAGAACGGUUUAUUACAAGAAAAUGGUGAAAAGGAUGCCGGAGAUGAAUCAACAACAACGUAGGAUGGUGUCUUGA